AUGAGAUGGGCGAGUAAGUUGAAGAACAACGACAAAGAGACCAAGAACUGCGAUAUCAUGUCUUCCACCAUGUCGAGCUACGACCCCUCGGGACAGUAUCUGGCAUACGUCACCACGGCUCUGGACAAACAGCGUCUAACGGUGCAACCAACAGACUCUCCAUUGAUCAAUGACACUUCGCUCUUGUUGAGUGACUCCAAUCUACAAUUCACAGCUUUGAAAUGGUACAAUUUGAACAAGGAUGCAGACUCACUGUCGAUGUCUUUGGUGCUAGGGUUGAAUAACGGUGAAAUAUGGAUUUAUUCUCCCUUGUCUAAUGAAAUCGUCUACAAACUAUCAACCACUAAUUCCUUCCAAAUUAAUGAUUUCGAUAUCUCAGGCAACACAUUAUGGUGUAUUGAUUCUAAUGAUACUUUUUACCAGUUUGAUUUAUUGGAAUGGAAGCUAGUCUCACAAUUCCAACUAGAUCCACCAGCAGUUCAGUUACAGAAGAUAUUAAUCUUGGAUUCCGAUAGAAUCCUAGUGGCAUCACAUCAAAUCUUCUUGAUUGACUUAGCAAAUAAGGAAAUAGUACAGACAUUCCCUGGUCACAUUUCACCAAUCAUUAUCCUGCAAAGACUUUCCCAGAAUUAUUUUAUUACUGCUGCUCAAAACGAUAGAUUCUUAAACGUGUAUGAUUUAUCAACAGGAACCACUAAAACUGUCCUUGUAUCACAAUCAAAUAUACAAAAUGUUUCCUCAUUCAAUGAAGAAGUGAUAGCGAUCAAUACCCAAGAAGGAAACAUUGAAAUUUUUGAAGAUCCAUUAUCAAUCAACUCCUCCCUCACAUCUCAAACAUCAAAGAAGAGGAAGAAUUCCCAUAGAAAGAAAUCUAAACAAGCCUCCAAGAAGAUUACUAUAAAGACACAAGACAUAAAGAUAUCUCCAUUCAACUUGUUCAUCAAGAAAUCUACCCUAAGUUUUACAUGGUUGCAAAAUGCUACAGUACCACACUUUAAAUUAAUUCAAUGGAAUGAUCUGACCCCAGAUUUUGAAUUAUUGAUCGCAUCAACCACUAUAAAUAAUAAGAAUAAGUCCAUGGAUAAAACCUUACAUGGGUUGGAUAAAGCUGCCCCUAAGGCAUACGCUGAGUCUAACGCUCAUAUCUCAACCGGUGAUAACUUUAAACAUGUAGCUGAUCUAAUCUCAAAUUUGGAGCUGCAAGAAAACGUCAAUGAAGAAGAUUCAUUGGCUGAUAAAUUAUCCACUUUAUAUUCUGGUUCCAUCGCCACAUCUACUUCAACGACCACAAAAUCUAAGAAAGCAAGAACCACGGGGACUGUUACUGUCAUAUUGUCUCAAUCAUUACAAUCAAAUGACCAUUCUCUCCUGGAGACAGUACUAAACAACAGAGACGAAAGGGUGAUUAGAGAUACUAUCCUAAAAUUACGUCCUCAUUUAGCAAUAAUAUUAUUAGAAAGGUUAGCGGAAAGAAUUGCAAGACAAUCCACCAGACAACAAUCACUAAACAUCUGGGUUAAAUGGUGUCUUGUCGUGCAUGGUGCCUAUUUAAUUUCAGUUCCUAAUUUGAAGUUGAUGAGCAGUUUGGCCUCAUUGCAUUCUACUUUGAAGAGACGUGCUGAUCUUUUGCCUCGUUUGAUGGCUUUAGAGACCAGAUUGGAUUCAACGUUGGCACUUUCAAAUCACUUCGGUGAAGAACAAGAUGAAGACGAAGAGCAAGAUGACAUGGUACAACAAGCUACUUUAGAUGAAGAAGAGGAAGAAGAUGUCGAAUAUAAUGAAGAAUUAGAUGAUGCAGGACUGAUAGAUAAUGGGGAAGAUGAUGACGAUGAAGAUGAUUCCAGUGACUACGACGAUUAUUCAGAUGAUGAAAAGCUAGCACCAUCAACGAAAACUUCAGAGGUACAAGGAGACGACGAGGAGGGAUACAGUGAUGUUGAAAUGGUAUAA